ACGUGGCACGUCGACCCGAUCCGCCGUUGUACGGCAUUUCCGAUUGCAUAAUGACUGAAUGACACAACAAGGUUACUGUGCAGCAGAAUGAAAACUUUAUUAAUAAUUAGCAGAGCUCUGAGGUCAAGGUCUACCCUCCAUGGCACGUUCACAUGUUUUCCAUCUCACAGCAGACCGGUAAAGACGUCUCCUCGGUCCUCCCGAGUUACCCUUUGCUUGCUUUUGUAUUUCUAAAUGCCAUCAAAUGCAGACGGUCUUUCGGAAAGCGGCGACUUUUCAUCCAUGACUAACACCAUGAAGGCACGAGCUCCACCUCCACCCUCCGUCCCCCAGCCUGCCCCUCGCAAGAUCUUCCGUAACGCCGUCCCUGAUGGAGGAACGGCGUCCGACACCAAGGAGAAUGUGGCACAAAGCACCGUGGACCUUCAAAUCACGCUGCCUAAUGGAUACGGGACCUUGGUCACUGUGGAUGGGAGGAAAGCUCUGAUGGACGUGUUGGUGGAUUUGUGCGCUCAGUAUCACCUGAACCCAGCCGAACACACCCUGGAGCUGGCGUCGGACGAGGGCCAGCCCGUGUCCUUCAAGCCCCACACGGUGCUGGGAUCACUGCAGGCCAGCCGCGCCAUCAUCAAGCGCAGAUCUCAGGAGGAGCGUCUACCCAGGAAACCUGCGCCCAAAGUGCCAGAGAAGACAGUGCGGCUGGUGGUGAACUACCAUCGCGGACAGAAGGCAGUAGUGCGCGUGAAUCCGUUCGUACCUCUGCAAAGCCUGGUGCCCGCCAUCUGCCAGAAGUGUGAGUUUAACCCUGCACGUGUGCUGCUACUACGUGACGCAGUCAGCCACCACGAGCUGGACCUGCACAAGUCAAUCACCGAACUCGAAAUCCGUGAGCUCUACAUGCUCGACCAGACAAUGGUUCUCCAGCCUAAAACGGUGUCGGCGCCGGUCCUUAACUUCUCAGCAGUGUCUCUCAACUCUGACACACAAAGUGCCAGCACAGACGGGAAGAAGGGACUUCUGGGCUUGUUCAAAUUCAAUCGGAGGAAAUCGAAGACAGAAGAGUUCUUUGAUGACACGGAUCAGAACAACACACACACUAACAUAAACGGUCUGUCGGCGGUCAGUGGCGUGUGUGCAGAGGCUCGUCCUAACACCUUGGGCCAAUCUCAAUCGGCCAUGAACCUCUCCAGGCUGUCUCCCAAAACGGAGCCGAAGAAACGCCGUGCUCCGGCUCCGCCUCCUUCUUUGACUCCUACACUCACGGAGACACAAAUGCAAACGCAGUGCAGUCCUGCGGUGGAGGUCCAGACGAAACCAAACUCACAGAGUCAGCUAAAGAAACGUAAAGCUCCGCCUCCACCACCCGGCAAACAUCUCACAACCUCGUCCUCGCCAGCUCUCGCCGCGGCUGCUCCCAGGUUACCCAACACUAAGGCAGCAUCCGACGACUCCAUGUCCGAUCUGAGUCACAGCAUUGAGGACUCAGAACCGGCCGCCUCCGUCUGCAGCAGCUCCAGCAGUGAUGAUGCUGCUGAAUCCAGCAGCUUGGCUGAAGAAACCAUGGCUGAACCAGCUGUCGAGUUAGCAUCCGGUCUGGCCUCCAAGGUGGAACGAGUUCCAGAAGUGAAUAACCAGGCAGCACGUAGAAGCUUUGUUAAGCGAGAGCCCGAGGAGCCCGAAUCUGCACUGGAGCUUAAAAUGGAGGAAGUGGACAACAGUCGUCACAGCGCAAUAGUCUGGCUGCAUGCAGCGGAGCAGGAAGCCGAGACGGUGUCCAUGUGUAGCAGUGAGAGCUUGGCCGAUCAAGGUUACGCGGCGUCUGAGGGCAUGGCUGACUCUCCGAGUACCUCCCCUGAGGAUACUGUCUCUCUGGGCCCUUAUCACUCUCUGAGCCCCACCCAACCUCAGGAAGAGUGCGACAGUGACGAGGGCUGCGCAACAUGGGGCUCGCACCAAAGCAGUGGGAACAUGCAAUCUGGGGACCAAUCAGUCAAGAGAAAUGACACUGAGAUCACAAACCAGAUCCAUUUAACCUUGGCUGAUUUGGAUGCAAACCUAACAGAUGAAGUUAAUCAGUCUGUGUACAUGGAUGAGGAGAUCCCCGUGUCUGUGGUGGAUUUGGAUGUUCCAGUGACAGCCAUCGAUGAAGUCAUUGAUGACAGUCCAAUGGGAUUAAGUGCUAAUGAGGCUGAACACAGUAACCAGAACAAACAAGAUGGCUCAUACAAGCAAAUCACAGAUCUUCAGAACCAAAACAACAAUGCUCGCAUGUCACAGAAAGCAAGUCCGUCCAAAGCAGAUCUGAUUCAGUCAGGUGAAAAGAAUAAGCAAACAGAGAAGGUCACUACAAGCCCUGGGAUUAAAGGUAAAGUCGAACCGGAUAAACAGAAGCUGCCCGAAACGUCUCGAAGUCCUGCAAUGACUUCUGUAACUCAGAGCGCACAGAAUGUUCCUGAAAGCAGACUUCGGCCUGCAUCAACAGUACAGAGUCAUCACAAGGAAAACACCAAAAUGGACAGAUCCUCAUCUGUUAAAACACAAAACAUGAUCAGCCAGAACACAGUGUCUAAAUUUGGCUUGAAGACUUUUACCAUUGUCCCUACCAAACCGGUCGGCUCCCAAAAUCACAAGUCAAAAGGUUCCUUGCGUUUAGGUGCCAUAAAAAUCGAUGAGUUGGGCAACAUGGUCACUCCGAGAGACACUCAGGGCAAAUCUGAUCGCCUUGACGAGGCAAGUGAUGACCGAGAUUCUCCACUCCUGGACAAAGCUAAGGCCUUCUGGAGCUCAGCUAGCAAGGAUGAUUCAGCACCUACUGCCUAUAACAGAGCUUCUAUAAGGACUGGAGACACUGACACCCCGAAACCGUUACCUGUAGCAGUGCCGUCGCAACCUGCAGAAAAAGAAAGUGUUACCGAACUACCAAAGCAGGUCAAUGGGCCAAGCCCUAACCUCGCAUCAGCAGUGAUGAAAAAGCUUGCUGUUUCAGAUCCUGCUGAAAAUAUCUUUUUCUCAGAACACAGGAAGAACCUAACUUUCCUUAAACCUUCCAGAAGAACAUCAAGUCGUUAUGUGGCUUCAGCUAUUACUAAGUACACAGGGAACGUCUCAAGCAAGGUAGAUGGAGUUCAGGAGCUUCCUGUGUCGACGGCUGAUGGACACUUACAAUUAAGCAGCCCAGCCUUCAAGAAUGACCCAAGACCCAUGCAAGCAGAAUCACACCAUAAGGCUUUAACCCUAAAGGAAAACUCUGUGCCUUUCCUUGCUGCUGCCAAACCUAACCCGAGUUACCCUGCAAAGAAACAGGAAGUCUCAAAGGAAGCGCAAAUCAUUUGUACAAAUGUAUCGAGCACUAAAGCUCUGAAUUCCAUCCCAGGAAAUAGCCAGCCUCAACAGCUAACACAGAUUUCUACCUGCUCUGAACCCACUCAGUCUCCGACUAAAGAGAAGAUAUCUAUUAAAAAGGCCCCUGAAAACUAUUUGCCUCUAAACAGUACAGUAGAAGCUCCCCGUCCUGCAGUAGCAAAGAAACCGGAGCUGCACAGUCUUUUUCUCCAGCCAAGUCCAUUUGGGCCAGUCAAAAAGUUUAAGCCUGUUGUCCCAAAGUUGGUGGAGAAGGACACUUCUCUUCACAGUUCACUCAUGGAGUCAAUUCAAUCAGGAAAUGGAAUGGAACGUCUCCGAAAGGUAUCCGACUCAUCCGGGACCAUGAAGAAGCAGUCACACACAGAGCCUGAAAACGAACGUUCUGCCCUCCUGUCGGCCAUCAGGUCCCAAAAGAGUUCGUCGAGACUCAAGAAGACGAUCUCCUCAGCCGCCGCGGAGCUGGAGCAGUUCAGGAGGUCUGAGGAGAACCGGAUCAACCAGAGACCUACAACUCCUCCUGCCGUCACAUAUCCACCAACUAUUACACCACCACCACCAAGCUUUAUACCACCACCACCACCCUUUAUACCACCACCACCACCAACCUUUACACCACCACCACCACCCUUUAUACCACCUCCUCCUCCUCCUACCUUGUCCUUCUCUAAGCCAGCUGUAGUGCUGCCUGCAGGGGGAACCCCAGAGUCUGCUCGAGAGGCGAUGUUGGAGGCCAUCCGCUCCGGCGCUGCGGCCGAACGCCUUCGGAAAGUUCCAGCGUCAACAAAAACAGUUAAAGUCAACGGAAGACUCGGCACCAUUCAGGCAUCGGCUCCGAGUUCUCAAGAGCCCUAGAAGCUCUUCUCCUUUUUAUUUGGACGAAUUGUCACGUAGCCAAAAGUUCAUUCGCAUGCUAACUCAUUUGCUAAAGUUUAUUGCGCUAAUACGGUUAUUUAUUUUUGUUCGUAGUCGCGUGCUGCUUUCAGUCUGUGCCAAUCAUCAACAUGCUGUAGAUCUUUCAUAUAAAUCUUUACACUUCCUAAUCCAUCAAUCAGUAUUUUUGAAGGAGUUUUUCUGUUUUAACUGAUUUUCAAAUUUCAUUUUAAUGACAGAUUUGAUUUUUUUUUUUUUUAUUUUAUAUCUGAUUUGUUUAUAGCUUUUCAUAUUUAAUACUAAUCACAGUGACGUGCUGAAGUCUGAUUAGUCAUAAUGACAAUUCUUUUUUUUCCCGAAGCAUCGUAGUUUGUGUAUAACAGUUAUUAUAAAAAUGUUCACGUUAACGUAGCAAAGAUUUUCUCGUACUUGAUCAGAUAUCAGUUUUCUAUGUACCGAUUAAUACCUUUUCACGAUGCUGCUAUUUGAAAACGUUUUAUUUAUGCCAUGUCGAUAUCAGAAAGAGGAAAUGAAAAGGAAUUACACCUCAUAAAUAUAUUUAAUACGUCAUUUAUUUUGAUUAUAUAUAAAGUGGACCGCAUGACGGAUCUACAGAAGGUCUCGACAGGUCUGACUUUAAAAUCCAUGGGGUCUUAUGGAUAAAGAUUAAUGGAGCAGAAUUGUAUAUUUUAUACCUGUUCAUAAUUCUAAAAAAAAUCUGAUUCAUUUUGAUUAGAUGCCACUUAUUGUUUUGGGUAAAAACUUUUGUAAAUGAAUUUUGCAAAUAUUUUUUGACAGAUUACACUGAAAUAAUCAAUAAAUCAUUUUG